AUGGCAAGUCUAGAACAGAAUGAGGACAUUUCCCAUUUCUUUUUCGUUAACUCUUUGGUUGGACCAACAUGUGUUCUGUUUAUGUGCAUUGUAAUAAUGAUUGUGUUCACCACUACGGAACCAUUAGCAAUACCCCGCCCCGUGGUAUGGGGGACAGAAGCCAUCAUAACUCUCCUAAGUGUGAUCGUUACCUUCGUCAUCUGGUUUUUAGUCAAACGCAACACACGAAAAUAUUUAAUUGAAAAACAACAACAGGACGUAACACUGAACAUAAAACUUGUUUUCUUGUGGACGUUUGGAUUUGCAAGUAUAUUCCAUUUUGCUAUAAAUAUGAGUGCAAAUAUUGACUGCUUGCUUAAGGAUGGACGUCAACCGUAUUCAAUUGCAUAUGAUUUAAGUAUUGUAACUAAUUUAAUAGAUAUUUGUUUCUGUAUUGGACAACUUGGAUUCUUAAGCUUGUAUGGACAAUUUUGUUUCAGACCUUCGUCUCUGAUCAACUAUGGUAUCUCUCUUAUGAUUAUCACACAUCUCCUUCAUUGGUUUAAGAUGAUAUUUGACUCUGUUAUAUAUGCCAGGAAUUGGAUGCCAUCGAAUUUAACUCGGUUGGACGAUUGCUUUCGUUCGUCUAACAUUACCAACAUUAGUCAUGAUUUGAUAUUAUACAUUAACCCAUUGAUUACCGAAUAUAGCUUGCUUUCUGUUACCAUUGCCGUCGGAAUGUUUGUAAAUAUUUUCCGUAACAAUUCUGUUCAAGCAUCUUUACCUAUCGACCCUCCAGAAAUUUCCACUGAAACGGAAGACCAAACAACAACAAACGAUGAAUCGAACUCAUCUGAACAUCUGACAAGACGCGUCUCAACUAUCAUUGCCAUAUCAAGUGGAAUAGUUCUUUCACUGCCCUAUUUGAUGACAUUAACGUUUGUCUUUUUUAAAACAGCAAACUUGUCAAAAGUAUUUCGUAUUUUAAGUACCAUAUUCGAGAUAGAAUUCUUAGCCCUUUUAUUUUUUGGAAAAAGACAAUUCCAAGUUCAAUUCAAUGACGUUUUGGUAAAGAGAGAAAACCCUUCUCCUUCUAGCGGAUAUCAGAUGACACUUAUAGUGAUUACAUCUGUCGCUGUUGGUUACGAAACAUUUGGUGCAAUAGCCGGACUCAUGAAAGCAGGAAACCUCUUUUGUUUCUUGUUAUUUUUUAACAAAUGUCUUAAAAUAGCUGUUAUUAUGAUACAGACCGGGUUCAUUCUUCAGAUGAAAAACAUCUCUUAUAAACCCCGACAGGUGCGAGUUCAUUAUUUCAAAGUCAGUCGAAUUUUUCUGUGCAUCUUUGUCAUGAAUAUUUCGAGAUGGCUGUAUGACAGCUUUAUAAUUGGACAGACCUUCGGCAUUCUACCAAUUCAACUAGAGUUCUAUGGAAAAAUCUACUGGAGAACUAUUUCAUCGGCUCUAUUUCCUGUUAAUGUUUUUUACAGACUUCUGACAGCAAUAGAAAUGUAUGAACUUUACCGACACACAAAUACUGAUCCAUAAUACAAUGAAAGCUGACAAGAUAUAAUAGAUAUGCAUUAUAUCCAUUUUAUUCCUGACUACCGCCAUAUUAGUUGUCUAUUUCUACAAUUAUGUUCUCCUUCGUUUCACUCAUCCGAACAUAAAGUAUUUCUAUUCUAAGUAUUUUAUAAAUAACAACAACACAGGUGUUAAGAGUGAGUGAGCUAUCAACCAGUUUAUUCGCCGUAAUAUACAAUCAGCACGUGACUUUAAUAGCGAUGAACUGGAAUUAGGCCCAAUAAUUGUAUAUUUCCAAAUAUAUCUACAAAAUACAAUGUAAAUUUUUUAUAUAUAAAUACAUAUUAAGUAUACUUCAUCAUACGCACAUGUACCUAUAAACAAAAACAAAAAAUCGUGUUCAAAAGGGUUGAUUGCUCUUCGAUGACCUGUCAAUACCCGAUCGGUUCUAUAUAUACUACAUCCAAACAACUACUUGUAUAACUGCGCUAAAAGAAGUAGUCCGUAAAAAAUACAACUUACAGAAAUUUAUAAAUGUUCUACACAUCGCUAUACACCCCCUAUAUAAGGCCAAGAUCACUUUUCAUGCUUCACGGCAUACGGGUAUUUCAUUCAAACGAACAUGUUAAACACUGGAUGGAAAUAUUUGAAUAAACGCGCCUUGAAAAAAAUGAUAUGACAUCUACUGCACUGUAAGAAUUAUCUAAUGAAAGACGAAACUAAACAGACUGAAAUCCAGGUACACAUAUUAUAAAAAUCGUCGAUCAUUGUAGAGCGUUUUCCUGUGUCUUACUAUUAUAAUAUCGCACAUGCGCAAAAACACACGCUGUAGCAGAUUGUGCAGUGACAGCAUGGACUUCAGAACGGAGUGUUUUUUAAAGAAAUUGAUAAAACAUUGCUUAUACAUUCUUGGAUUUACUAUCACUUAACAACUGUGUUUGAUGUAGUGAGCGACCGUGGUGUAUAAUAAAAUGCAGACAUUAUGCACUCUGUAUGAACGACACACGUGUUCGAUGUGCGUGCAAAGUAAAACAGCACAGCACUGUCUGUGCAAGGUAUUGAAGAGAGACUUUGGAAAUUCUAUUUAAGAAUAAACCAUCUUUUAUUUUCAUUGGUAGUAGUUUCCUUUCUUAAAUUUAACAAACAUAUUACUACAUUGUGCAUUUCUUUCAUUUAGAAGUCCGUGUAUUUAGAAUGCUUUUAUGAAUUAAGUUUUGUAUGAUACCAAUUUACCUUUU